UAAUAAUAAUAAUAAUAAUAAUAAUAAUAAUAAUAAUAAUAAUAAUAACCAUAGGAGAUUAUUUUUGUUCCGCUACAGCAUUCGUUUGUAUUACUUAGCAGAACAUGGCUAACAGGCAACUGCGAAGUGAAGUUUUGAAACGCGCCCUGAAGGCAUGCAUCGUCCAACCGGUAAUAAGAAAAUAUCAGGUAGUAGCCGUUCGUGCGAUGUGGGGAAGUGAUGUUGAUGCCCGCGAGGUCAUUUGGGGCAAGAGAAUGCAGAUGGAGAACAUAUUGCUUAGCAACGAACAAGUAUCCUGUUUUUUUUCUUGUAUUACCUAUAUGGCCAGACCUCGUAAGAGAAAGUCGAUGAGGAAUGAAGGGGAGAAAGAAGAAGGAGCCGACUCUAGCAGUGAAGGUGAUAACAGAAACGGCGCAAAUGCGCCUGAAACAUUUCCUGGCAUUUCUUUCUGGAUCGCGUGCGACUUGCCAAACUGUACCUUAAGUCAAUUUGAAACAAAUUUGUCGAAGUCUUUUAUGCAAGCCGGAUUGAAUUUAACAACGUGCAAUGCUAUACAGACAAGAGGUAAAUACUUGAACCUUUUAGUACUUGAAAUACUGUCAAUGUUUUUCGAAUAUUUUACGCCACAUUUGAUAUUUGUAGGCAAAACCAGUGCAUUGCAAGCAUUCUCAGGAUCGUUAUACCAAGUCUUGAAAGACCACAAUAGGGAAGAAGCAAAACGGAUAGUUGAGAUAUCCCAUCGCACAAUGAUUAGGAGUGCAGCUAGAGAUGAAGGUGUUCAACUUGACCACGUUGCUGUAAUGGAAAGCGAACAGUACUCGAUGAAACCCUGUCAGUUAAUUCUAACAAAAAAUAUUGAUAAAGAGGUAUAUCAAGAUGUAAUUCGUGGUUUAUCCGAAAUCAGAUUUACAUCGCUUGAUUUAAAAGUAAUUGAUAAAUCGGAAGGCACAGAAGUAACUAUUCCCGUUAAGCCAACUAACAAACUUUGUCAAUCCGUGGAUAUAGUUCGAAGGAUGAUGGAGAGGAAUAGCUUUGGACUGUGCAAUGGAGGUGUAUAUAAAAAAAUAGGAGAAGGCAGAUAGACAUACGUUUACUGUUGUUCGGUGAAAAGCUAUCUCUAUCGCUCGUUGAAAAACAAAGCAAUCGCCAACGAAAUUACGCCAAAUUUACGAGAGUUGGUAUUUUUGCUGUCGGACGGCGAGUGUCAAAUAAUUGAUCAAAUAACUCUGGAUUACAAUUACAUUGAAUGCUUGCCAAAUGGAGUUUGUUAUAACAUCGCCAAAAAAUGUUUCGAUGUCAAGCCAAAUUUAAAGGGAUCUCCCCUAGCAUUCGUACAGUUCUUUUAUCGUGAGGGAAAAAAUCCCGAACCAAAGCCAUUUAUAGAAGGUAAUUGUUUUUACUUUUCUUUUAACGCGUUAAGAAAAUGUGUUUUUUUUCUUUUAACGCGUUGUAACAUAUCAAGGUGGUAGUUGUAACGUGUUGUAACGUAUUGUAACUUGUUGUAACGCAUUGUCAGUAAAAAAAUG